AGCGGCGGCUGCGGGUUGCGCGAGCCGAGUGUGAGAGGAGAGGGACCCGGCGCCUGCCCCGGGGCAGAAGAGCGUGGGUUGCGGGCGCCGGGCCCUUCUACGCGUGCGCGGGUCCGCGGUCCUCACGGAGCAUGCUCAGACUCCCACGUAGCCGAGUGUGUCAUUACACUGCGCAUGCUUUAUGCCCGCACUUGGCCUCGCCCUCGCUCCUGCGCAUGCUCGGCCUCCGGCCCGCUGAGCUGCUAACCCUAGCCGGGGUGGCCUGGGUAGCCAGGAGUGCAGUCGGGGCGCGCGCCCCCACAGAACCGUUGAGACGCCGCUGCAGGCAAUGGUGCACACUCCGGGCCCGGCCGCACGCGCGCUCGAGACCGGGUAGCCGGGCGGCACCCCGCACCUGCCGCGGUUGGAGCGUGACAGCCUGUCGGUCAGCCCCUCCGCGGACACCUCCUGAGCCCCUGCCGCCCCUCCCCCUCCCCAGAAAGACCCUCCUCGCCCAGGGACUUAGUUCAGAAGACCUUCCUGCAGCCCAUUCGUUGGCCGGGUCUUCCGUCUCCCAGGCCUGGUUAUCAGGAGCACCUUGAGUGUCCCUCUGAAGAGAACGCACCUUGUAAUCAAAGAACCGUGCUCUGUGCAUCCCUGAGACCCUGGGUGCUGGAGAACCACACACUUCAGCACUUUGUAGGGAGCUUUAGACAGAUACUCCUUUGAGGUUGCCUGACACAGGGUGCCGUGUUGAGGGACACUGAGCAGCCCUCCGAAGCCUGAAAUUUUUGUGUUGUUGCAUGAGCUCCAAACUCCUCUACGUCCUUAGACAUCUGUGUUACAGCAUAGUCCGGUGAUUGUUCAUCAGCAUGACCCUGAGUCAUGAGUUCCUGGAUUUGUUUCAUGAACUUCCCACCUUGUUUAAAAGGGCCAGAAAUCCAUGUUAGCGUUUCCACCGAAAACACUCCUCAGUGUCUGGCAAUUAAUCAUUAUCCUUAACCUUACCCCUAAAUAUUGGCGUUAAAGAAGAAAUUUGACUUACUUAAAAGUGACUCUAAUUCAGCCUAUCCACUUAACAAUGUAGCAUUUUUAUUUAGUGAAAGUAUAGGGAGGAAAUAGAAAUUGUCAAUAGAUGCUAACAAGGAAUUGACAGUAUUAUGUAGUGGGGGAAAUUAGGUAUGGGAACACUAAAAGCAACAAAAGAGGGGUCUCCAGACAAGGUGAUAACUUGAGAAGCCAUUUUAGUUUUCCCUGUACUAGAGCUGAUUGAGGACUGGAUUUACAGGUAUCAGAGAUUGGCCAGAGGGCAAAGGAAAGAAAAUACCUUUCUGCCUGAGGAGACCUGUCUGGCAUCACCCCAAACUAAGGAGGCAAUGGAUGAAGACAAGCAGGUGUGAGGAUAUGGAUCACAAGUGCCAUGCAGGAUAAGUGGGGUAACUGAAAUGGAUCUGUUCAUAAGGCAGCCAGGGACUGGAGUCUGAGGAAGUCUGAGCAGAGAUACAGAUGGAGUCAUAGUUCAGUUGCUAGUGUAGCUACAAAAGCUCAGAAAAAAAACUUAGAAAAUGCCCUGUGCUGGGUUCUACAGGGCUCUGAAAAGAUAAAGGUGAGAAGUUAAAUCUUCAAGUCUAGUGAACUUUCUCUGCAUGAUAGACCCCUGUCAAGCCUUAUGCUAGGAAUUCACAGAUGAAAAUAAGGACUUUUUGAGGGGAGCAUGUGGGAUCUUCUGAGGUAUCCACAUACAAAAGCUGAUGCAUUGAAAUCACUAGGGCAUUAUUGCAGAGGAAUAUAGUAUUGCUGUUGGCAAAUUGCAAAAGCUUUAUAGUUCCUUGGUGGCCAAGUAAAGGAGAAGUAGAAGUUACUUUUAGGUUUCAGAAACUGGAAAUGCAGGUUUAUGGGUUACAUGGUAAGGAGUGCCACCCAGGUAUGGUACAGAGAGAACUGACAUCAGUCAGAGAAGCCUGUGUGCUAGUCUGUAGUUUGCGUUUUUCUAGAAAAUAAUAAUUUACAAAACAAACUGUAGUCUAAAACAGGGCAGUAAAGUGGCCAACUUUACUUAGAGAAAGCAAUCAAAGAGCUUCAUUUUUACUCCUUAAUUUGAGUAGAGAGUAGAAAAUAAUCACAUAUUUAUUCUGUAGGAUCCCAAAUUGAGCAUCAUGAGGAGUGUCAGAAGUAAUGUAUUAGAUCUUAAAGAGCUUGCAAUCCUAGUGGGACACACAGCCAGCUAGCAUACGACAGUGAAUAAACACAAUGUAGUGGUGUGCCUGUUCAGUGUGGCAAAGGUUUGUAACCCACAUUGGCUGGACUCAUCCUCCUCCUGUGUCAGCCUCCCAAGUGCUGGGUGUAGAAAAGUGCCACACUGUAUUUGGUUUACUUGUUCUAAGCUUAAAUAAGUUAAUGGCUGUGUUUAUUGACCUGCUUUAAUUUAGUAUACAGACCCAGUGACCUAAACAACACAGUUACAGAAACUGGAAAUUGGAGAUAAGGUGUUGUUGGCAGGCCAGGUGUCUCCCGGGGUCUCUGCCCUUGGCUUGUAGACAGCGUCUUCUUUAUAUAUCUUCAUAGAAUCUUCCCUCCAUGUUUGUCUCUGUUCUAAUUCUUUGUUUAACGAUAUCGGUUUUAUUGGACUAAGGCACAGUUUAAUUUAAUUAGUUGUGUAAAGACUUCAGCUCCAAAUAUGAUUGUCUUUUGAGAUGCAGAGGUUAGGACUUCUACAUAUGAACUAGGGAUGUUGGCUGGGAAUGUUCAGCCCUAAGGGAUUCCCAAAUGAUUAGAACUUCAGCUGAGUUGGAAAAGGAGUUUAUCACAGUCUAGGAUGGUUCAGGUUGAGUGGUGGAGGUGGGCAGGUGGGCAGAUUUGUGUCUCUAGGACAGAAACAGGAAAAAGUCACAGUAGGUAACUAAAGAAUUUUAAAAGUAAUCUGAAUACAAAUGUCUAUAGAGACUUGAAGGCCUUUUAUUAAAGAUUCUGUGUUUUAGCCUCCUUUGUUUUAACUAGGAUAGAGGGGACUAUGACAUUAUUCAUUCUUUUCAUCUUAACAAAACACUACAUCAAGACGACUCCUGAGCUCCCUCUGCACUCCUGAGGACUACACCAGCCAUCAAACUUCUCUCUCCAUCAAGAUAUUUAACACAUUAAAAUCAGCUUUGGGGGUUUCCUUAUUACUAGACAGUGGGGCUUCAUUUAUCUUGAGUACCCAUGUGUUCAGAUACAUUUAACCAUGCCUUGCACAUGGAGACAGCCUGUGAGCAAGCUGCUUCUGUGGAAGAGAUUGUGUGCUGGUACAGUAAUGAAAGCCUUGCUUGAGGAAUCUCACAUAUGAAGGAUAAGCAUGAAAGGCAGGGCAGGGUGCAGGCAACAUGCAGAAAUAUGCCAGAACAGAAACUGACUGGUUGAAAAGAAAUUUAUUGUAAUAAAUACUUGAUUAUUCUUGAGGUUAGAGGAAAAUCUUUGAAAAACAAACAAACAAACCUUGAACCUCAAAGACCAAAACCAAACCACUUGCAGGAAUGUAUGAGUCAGGCACUAGCAUGUUGAAUUUUCAGCCCACACUAAGAUCAAUCCAUCGGUUCCACUCAGCUGUUGCCCUUGUCUUGUCAUGAACCGUAGUCUAGGGAGAAAGUUUCUAGUUGGCUUGGUAUUCAGUAGUAUCUACAACCGUCGUCUUGCACUUGCUAGGCACAAGUGUUCUCUCAAAGCAACACAGAAGGUCUCUGCAGAAGAAAUAGCUGCUGGGUGGCCAGGACAGACCAGCAGAGGCUGCUUGUCUGCUGUAUAGCUAAGAAUCUAAACCGUGCUACAGUGGAGCCAUCCUCUGGCUGAGGCUGACAGUCUGCUCUUUAACCAAAUUUGAACGAGAGAGAGACUGAAAUGUGUUGAAGUGGAGUACAGUAACUUGAUACCAUGAAGGAUCCCCUCAGCCAUUCCGGCUUUGAAACCUGAGGCACUUCAGAUAAUUUCUAGAUGUCUGCAAUGUUACCAGUCACAGGAAUGUGAGGUGCAGGAGAACAGGAAACCAGCCUGCAAGCUCACCUCCCACCACCAGCACCUCUGUGAUGCACAGUGUGCAGCGGGCUCACAAACACUCGGGAGAGGAAGAGAGAAGGAAGAUGUGUACUUGCCAGAUCAAUUGCAGGAUGGAGGGACUGCUACAUUACAUCAACCCAGCGCAUGCCAUCUCUCUGCUCAGCGCCCUCAAUGAGGAGCGCCUUAAGGGACAGCUAUGUGAUGUACUCCUGAUUGUUGGGGACCAGAAGUUCCGAGCUCAUAAGAACGUCUUGGCUGCCAGCAGUGAGUACUUCCAGAGUUUAUUCACGAAUAAGGAGAACGAGGCACAGACUGUCUUUCAGCUGGACUUCUGUGAGCCUGAUGCUUUUGACAACGUUCUGAACUACAUUUACUCUUCCUCCCUUUUUGUGGAGAAGGGCAGCCUUGCUGCUGUGCAGGAACUGGGGUAUAGCCUUGGUAUCUCCUUCCUGACCAACAUCGUUGCCAAAGCCCCUCAGGCUCCUUUCCCAGCCUGUCCCAACAGGAAAAGAGUUCCAGUGGAAGAUGAUGAGAGCAGCUCUCAAAAGCGAAGUGUCAUCGUGUGUCAGGGCAGAAGCGAAGUGCCAGGGAAGGCCAGUGGUCCAGCUGUGCAGGACCUCAGCCAUGCUGCCCGGGCCUCCCCGAGUGGUGCAGUCAAGACCAACACCAAUAAGCCACAUGUGGCCAAGCCGCCAGAGCAGCUUCACAGCCUGUCCUUAACUGAAAAGAGUUGGCCGAAGGAUAGUGCUGCAGUAUAUGCAAAGUCUGUGGAACAACCUGGGGCUUUGGAUGAUCCUAACAGGGGUAGUUUGGUUAAGAGAAAUGCAGUCCUACCCUCAAAGCCUUCACAAGAUAGGGAGGCCAUGGACGAUAAACCAGGAGUGAGCAGCCAGCUUCCCAAGGGGAAAGCUAUAGAGCUGGCUCUGAAGAGACCACGGCCACCUGUUCUGUCUCUUCGUAGCUCAUCAGAGACUCCAUAUCUCUUAAAAGAGACUAGCAAAGGAGGCAGUCAGGGGGAGGAUAGGAACUUGCUCUACUACUCUAAGCUAGGCCUGGUGGUUCCAUCCAGUGGGCCUGCCUCUGCAAACCAGAACAUUGACAGAAGUGGCCCGCUAGUGAAAAGCCUCCUCAGGCGGUCACUGUCUAUGGACAGUCAGGUUCCUGUCUACUCCCCCUCCAUAGAUUUGAAGUCAUCCCAGGGAUCAUCCACAACAGCAAAUGAGGCGUCAGGCAGUGUGUUUUGUACAGUGUCUCAAAAGUCCUCUUUAAAAGAUGGCAGUGACAAAAAAACCCUGGAUGACAGGCCUCAAGUGCUCCAGCCUCAUCGCCUCAGGUCCUUCAGUGCGUCUCAGUCAACAGACAGGGAGGGGACCUCCCCUGUGACUGAGGUGCGCAUUAAGACUGAGCCUAGCAGCCCUCUGUCGGACCCCUCAGACAUCAUCCGGGUCACCGUGGGAGAUGCAGCAACAACUACGAGAGACCUGCCCCUCAAAACGGAGGAAGACCAGAGGGACAUUAGCAGACUCCCAGCAAAAAGAAGGUUCCAGACAGACAGAAGGUCACCCUUGAAGAAAGCAAGGGCAAAUGAGCAUGGGCCUUCUGUCUCAGAAGAGAACUGUGAGGAGGGCAGGAGCCCUCCUUCCCUUGACAGCAACUUCCCAGAUUCUGAAUUAAACAGAGAGGAGUUUGGUGAGUUGGAGGGGACGAGACCAAACAAAAAAUUUAAAUGCAAACAUUGCCUUAAGAUUUUUAGAUCAACCGCGGGUCUUCACCGCCAUGUUAACAUGUACCAUAACCCAGAGAAGCCUUACGCUUGUGACAUCUGUCACAAGAGGUUUCAUACCAACUUCAAAGUGUGGACACACUGUCAGACCCAACACGGCAUAGUGAAGAACCCAUCGCCAGCCUCUAGUUCCCAUGCAGUUUUGGAUGAGAAAUUCCAAAGAAAACUGAUUGACAUAGUGAGAGAGAGGGAGAUUAAGAAGGCCCUGAUCAUUAAGCUGAGGCGCAGCAAGCCUGGCUUCCAGGGACAGAGUAGCUCCCCAGCACAGCAAGUCAUCAAGAGGAACUUGCGCUCCCGAGCCAAAGGGGCCUACAUUUGUGCCUACUGUGGCAAGGCAUACCGCUUUCUCUCUCAGUAUAAGCAGCACAUAAAGAUGCACCCGGGAGAGAGGCCCCUCGGAGUGAGCAGAGCUGCUAAGCCGAAAGAGCAGGCUCUGGCACGCGCGGUAGAGAGCAAGGAGGUUUACUCGUGCCGCCUCUGUAAUGCUAAGCUCUCUUCUCUUCUAGAGCAAGGCAACCACGAGCGCUUGUGCCGGAAUGCCACCGUUUGCCCUUACUGCAGCCUCAGGUUCUUCUCCCCAGCGCUGAAGCAGGAGCAUGAAGACAGGUGUGAGUACAAAAAGCUGACCUGCCUGGAGUGCAUGCGCACCUUCAAGUCUUCCUUCAGCAUCUGGCGGCACCAGGUGGAAGUGCACAACCAGAACAACAUGGCUUUAGCAGAGAACAUUUCCCUGCCUACCCUGGACCACAAUGGUGAAGUGGCAGCUGCUUCCAGGCCUCAGUCUGAGCCUAGCAAGGUAAACCAUGUGACUGCUCCAAAAGAGGACACAGUGUUUAGUGACUCUUCAGAGCAAGUGAACUUCGAUUCCGAGGAUUCCUCCUGCCUCCCUGAAGACUUGAGUCUUUCAAAGCAACUGAAAGUCCAAGUCAAAGAGGAGCCUGUGGAGGAGGCUGAGGAGGAGACUCCUGAGGCCAGUGCAGCUCCCAGGGAGGCUGGUCCCAGCAAGGAGGCUGGUCUGUGGCCCUGCGAGAAAUGUGGGAAGAUGUUCACGGCACACAAGCAGCUGGAACGACACCAGGAGCUGCUGUGUUCCGUGAAGCCCUUCAUCUGCCAUGUGUGCCACAAAGCCUUCCGUACCAACUUCCGGCUCUGGAGUCACUUCCAGUCCCACAUGUCUCAGGCCACAGAGGAGCCUGCACAGAAAGAGGCUGAGGUGUGCCCUGUGCCCACAAAUUCCCCCUCACCACCACCUCUGCCACCUCCACCACCCUUGCCUAAGAUCCAGCCCCUGGAGCCCGACAGCCCCACAGGCCUUCCUGAGACUCCAACCCCUGCCACAGAGAAACUGUUUGCACCCCAGGAGUCAGACACCCUCUUCUACCACGCCCCUCCCCUUUCAGCAAUCACAUUUAAAAGACAAUUCAUGUGCAAGCUCUGCCAUAGGACAUUCAAGACCGCUUUCAGUCUUUGGAGUCAUGAACAGACACACAAUUAAAUAACCUACCCCUCUCACCUGUCACAGAACAGCAGCCCCUGGCUUGUGAACUGUGUCCUAAGACAACAUUUUUUUAAAAAAAAUAAUAAAGGUUGGAAACUGUUAUGUUUGAAUUUAGAUUUGGGAUAAAUUAAUGUUGGCUAGGAAUGUUCUAACAACUUCAGAAACAAACUCUGAAAUAUUGUGCUUCGGGACCUCAGCCAGCAGGGCUUUGAUUCUGUUACUGUUGUGGUUGAGUUCAUGUUGCUGAACUGCAUGGUUCCUCAUUCCAAGGCGUCGCUAUAAUCACUUGACUGAGGUUUUUGGGUUUUGUUUUCUGGGUAGCGGGAUACUUAGGGUAUUGUUGGGUUUUUGGUUUUGGGUUUUUUUAAUUUAUUAUUUUGGACACCUAAGUCUGAAGUAACCCUUAGCCAUGUUUGUAAGGCCAAAAGCAUACAAGGAAGAAAGGGAGUUGUUUGCAGUAUUGAGUCAGAUUUUAGAAUACCUUAGCAAUAAGAAAAAACAAACCCCAACUUUAAUAAAUUAUCCUGACACUUGAUAAGACAAAAAUUUGGUAUUUUGUGGUCCUAUGAAACUUUUUUUAUGAAAAUUGUGAGAAUUUAAAUCAGCAAUAGUCACACUUAGUUUUUUUUUUUUUAAUAAAAUAAGCUGUCAGUCACUUUGUAUAAUCAGUGAUGGUCACAUGCUAAGGAAGGCAAAGAAAUGGAAGCCUGUGUGUGGAGUGUUGCCGCAGUCAGCAGCAACAGGUUAGUGUGAAAACCACUGAACUCUGGUAUGCCAUCUGCACCACAGCGGUUCACAGCUGGCGCUCUGGAACUGACAGUGUUUGGUCUCUGCCAGCUCAAAACUCGGGUGUCUCUGGGAGAAGCAGUGGUAGCAUGAGGUUAGCACAGCCAGCCUCACCACAUCCUAGACUACCAUUCCUUCCAGGGCCUUCAGAGAUUAGAGGAAGUGCUGCGUUGUAGCUUCCAUGUGCUCUCCAAGAACUGUAUGCACAACAUCACAUUUCUGCCUGUCUGAUGUGAGGACUUCUGUGAGAGUAUGGACGUGGAUAGCAGUGAGAAGUCCCUCUCUGACGUGUGCACAUGUGUAUUGAAACACUAGCAAAGGUCCAAAAUUAGUUUUUGCAACUUGGUUUGGUACUUAGGGUUUAGCCUCUUUUUUUCUGUUCCAUGUAGGUUGUAAUUAAAACCUUCUCCAUAGGCAAUAUCCAAAGUUCAGUGGAGUAUUCCAAAAGGCAAACUUUUGAUUUCACUCUCUCGAGGGAGGAACACACCUGGAAAGAAAAUUAGGGGAGGACAAAUUCCCUAUUCACUUUUGCUGUAUGCUGUUUCUUCACAUUUUCAGGGUGUGCUCUAGCAGAGACACCACCCAUCUUCUCACCAGCAUCCUACACCCAUGAUAGCAAACAGUUUUAUAAAAUAGUCAUUGACUUUAUAUAUUCUAGAAGCUAUAUGUGGAAUUUUGACCUUUAUCCUUUCACUUGAAAAGGCUAUUGAAAAUCCAUAAAUAUGUCUGCAUUUCCUCUUUUGUUCCUUAUAUUUUCAGAAAAGGGAAAUAAAAUUAGGUUGCAGUUACUGAUUCUUGCCAUCUGCUUUUUUGAACUAUGCAUUUUAAAGAUGAACUAAAAGUGUCCACCUUUAAUGAAUGAAGCUAGUGCCAGGCUAGGUAGCUGUCCAUUGAACUCAUUCCGUGUGGUGUCUGGUCUCUCCCUCUAAGCACCUUGGAGUGUAACUUUUUUUAAGACCAUCUCCCUGCAUGGUCAUCUCCUGUGUAGCUACAGAGCGAUAAUCUCCAAACCUGGCAUUGCUAGUACAGUGCCCCAGGACUUGAACCUAUGCUACAUUUUUGAAAAUUUAUAAACUAACAUUGUUGUAAAAAAAAAAAAAAGAAAAAGUAUUUUUGAUCUAAAUGUAGGGUCUGCAUAUCUGUUAGGUUUUACAAAUUACCAGUGUUUGUCACCUUUUUUGUUUAGAAUAAAACAUAAGAUUUCAAAUAAAAUUUUGAACCAAAAACAUUUAUAAUGCAGUUGUGGUUUUUCUAUUGCUUUUUAUACUGUAUCUUAAAGGACGUCAGACUGAAAGAGUUUAUUUUGGUGUCAAAAACUAUCCUUCCACUCAUGUAACUAUUUUAAAUGCUAAGAAACAAAAUAAUGAAAGACAUUAAUCACUGUAUUCAGUAAACAGUUUUUUAGAGGAUGUUUAUCUCAGCCAGCAGGCUGAUAUUUGGUGUUCAAUAAAUAGGUCUUUCACCAUUGUAAAUCUUUAGAUAGUAAAGAUAUUCUUGUAAAUGUUUUUCUGAUUGUAAUUAAUUUUUGCAAGUAUGGAAAGCACAUUGUUUCUUGUAAUUAUUUAAGAUGCCUGCUUUUUAUGCAGUUGUGGAAAGAAUGUAAACUGUUUUAAUAUAUUCUUUGUUAACCUGA